AAAAACAACCUGGGUGAAUAGUAGUAUUGUGUAGAGGAAGGAACGAAGUCGAGGUUCAGGCAGUGUUGUGGCCGAGCUGGGAGUGUGUGCACGUUGCUCUUAUCUCUCUCAUCUCUAACAAUUCUCCCACUACCGUCAUGCCAGCAUAUCAAGUGAAAGUAAAAUGGGGGAAGGAAUUGUAUCCCGAUAUUGAACUGGAUACUGGUGAACCUCCUAUGGUGUUCAGGGCUCAGUUGUUUGCCUUGACAGGGGUUCAGCCACAGCGCCAAAAGAUUAUGCUCAAGGGUGCUACGAUCAGGGAAGACUCUUGGGAUGGACUCAAGAUUAAGAAUGGAGUGACUAUUUUAAUGAUGGGGAGCAAAGAAGAGGAUGUUCCUGUUGAACCAACAGAGAAGACUGCCUUUAUUGAGGAUUUGUCGGAAGCAGAACGAAAUACUAUGUUGCAGUUACCUGUGGGAAUUAAAAAUCUCGGCAACACUUGUUAUCUCAAUGCUGUUAUACAGUGCCUCAAAACAGUUCCAGAACUUCAUACUACAGUUAAAGAGUUCAAACCUAAGCGGCCUGGUGGAGCUGCAGACUCUUCUGCUUCAUCUUCUCUCUUAACUUUAGUGGAGGUGGAGUCAGGGUCUUUACUUACUCUUGCUAUACAAGAUUGUUACCGCACCAUGGAUAGUGGCAAGACUGCAGUGCCUCUUGUUCUUGUUAAUCUUUUCCGCUCAACUUUUCCUAGAUUUGCUGAACAAGGGGAACAAGGGAUGUACAUGCAGCAAGAUGCAUCUGAAUGCUGGACGGAGUUGAUGCGCCUCUUGAUGCAAGAAGUGCCAGCAAAAGAUUCGUCAAAAACUCACAAAAGUUUUUCAUCUUCUCUUAUCGACCAGUUCUUCUGUGGAGAACAUGUUAGUGAGUGGAAGUGUGGAGAAAGUGAAGAAGAAGAAGUUGUUCACAAAACAGACAAAUUUCAACAGCUUAUGUGCCAUAUUAAUCAAGAUGUUAAGUACCUGCAUACAGGGCUUGUGGCUAGAAUGCAGGAACAAAUCACUAAAAGAUCAGAACUUUUAGAUCGUGAUGCAGUAUACACCAAAAAAUCUAAAAUAUCCAGAUUACCAGCCUACUUAGCAGUCCAGAUGAUCAGAUUCUUUUAUAAAGAGAAAGAAGCUGUAAAUGCCAAAAUUCUUAAAGAUGUCAAAUUUCCAAUUAUUUUGGAUGUAUUUGACUUGUGUACUCCAGAACUGCAGAAGAAACUAACACCUAUUAGAGAAAAAUAUAAGGAUAUGGAUGAACGUCAGAUAGAAGAAGAAAGAGCCCUAAAGAGGGGUAAACCUCUGGCUCCGGAAGAUAAACCACGUACUCGUGCUCUUCCCUUUUCUUUUGAAGAUGAUUAUGGGAGCAACAACAGUGGAUUCUACAAGUUACAGGCUGUAUUAACUCAUCAGGGAAGGUCAUCAUCUUCUGGUCACUAUGUAGCCUGGGUACGGUGGAAGGGUAACGAAUGGUUGAAGUGUGAUGAUGAUGAUGUUACUUCUGUUACAGAAGAGGAUAUCCUCAAAUUAUCUGGAGGAGGAGACUGGCACUGUGCUUACAUUUUGUUGUAUGGACCACGGAUAUUGGAAGUAGUAGAAGACCUCAAACCAGUGGAUGAGGUCAAAAUGGAGGCUGAGUGAAAUGGCUAUAUCUAAAUAGUUUGUGAUCUUGUUGGUAAGAUUGUCAAAUAUGAAAAUAUCAGGUCGCUUCCUACAUUUUUGACCAAUAAAAUGUGAUAUGCAGGGUCCUCUUAUGGGUUUCGGUUAAUGAAUUCUUAAGUUAUGCCUCAAAACUGAUGGUAAUGGACUAUCCAGACUGUUAAGAAUUCUAAGCUGAAUAUUUUUUUCAUUAAUUUGUUUGAGAGGUAGUUAAAUAAAGCAGCCUUUUGUAAUCCUUAUGAAGACCAUUUUAAUUCCAUGAAUAAUGCCCAUCUUCAGGGAAGUAUUUUUUUUUUUAGGCAAGAUAUAGUAUUUUAUUAAUUUAAUAUCUUUAUGAGACAUCCUGUUAUAAAGAUAUGGAUUAUUGCCUUUUUGUACUACUGUAAUUGUUUGUCUCUACCUCUCAAAGAAAAUCGUUACUGUAAAAUAAAUUUUAUUAAUACCAAG